AUGCCACGAGUACUCGUUACAGGCGGCAGCGGCUUCCUAGCAAGCGCUGUCAUUGACACGCUGCUGGCUCGUGGUUAUUCAGUCGUUACAACUGUUCGAUCGCAUGAAAGGGCCAACCAGCUGCGCGCAGACCGACCAGGUGUCUCGCCCGCUCAGCUUGACUAUGCCAUUGUGGAUGACAUUGCGCGACUAGGCGCUUUUGACGCCGCUGUCCAACAAAGCCCUCCCCUCGACGCCGUUAUCCACACGGCCAGUCCGUUCCACUACCGCAUCGACGACCUCAAGAGGGACAUGCUCGAUCCGGCGGUGAACGGCACAGUGGGCGUGCUGCAGUCGAUUCACAAGUACGCACCGACCGUCAAGCAUGUUGCAAUUACAUCCAGCUUUGCCUCCAUGUACAACAAUCCGAAUAAACCGACCGGCUCGACAUACAAUGAAGACGACUGGAACCCGGUUACCUGGGAUACUGCGCUGAGCCCGGAACACUCAGCCGGCCAGGCUGGCUAUCGUACCUCCAAGGCCCUGGCUGAGAAGUCCGCUUGGGAGUUUGUCAAGGAGAACAAGCCGUCGUUUUCGUUGACUGCGUUGAAUCCUCCGCUCAUCUUUGGCCCCGUCAAGCCCAACACUAGCUCUCUACAAAACAUGAACACCUCGAAUGCUCGCUUCGUGGAGUUCAUUACUGGGGCUGUAAAGGAAAAGUGUCCGCCUACGGGAAGCCUGUUCUGGGUCGACGUGCGCGAUGUGGCUUUGGCACAUGUGUUGGCCAUUGAGAAGCCCGAGGCCGCCGGGAAACGCUACUUUGUGGCUGCCGGCCCCUUCUCCAAUGUCGAACUGGUUGCUUUUAUUGGCGAGUCUUUCCCCAAGUACAAAGAUCUGUUGCCUAGCGGAGAGGCAUUGGUUCCAGGCCAGUAUCCGAAGGGAGGGCCGCCGUACAAGGUGGAUAAUUCACGGUCGGUUGCCGAACUGGGAUUGACGUAUCGGUCCCUUGAGGAAAUUGCUGCGCAGCCGAAUCAGAAUCGCCGUGACGUGCCUGAGGCAUUCGAUGGCGACAACAGUGUGGCCCAAUCAGGAAAUCCCAGGGAAAACACCAUAAUCAUGGCGGAAGACAGCAGCACAUCCAAAAAACAAAUCAUCCUCAAUGCGUUCGUUAUGAACACUCCCGGGCAUCAGUCGCCAGGACUUUGGCGUCAUCCCCGCAAUAAGACGGCUCAAUACAAAAAGCUUUCUUUCUGGACGGAUCUCGCGCAAUUGCUAGACAAGGCCGGCUUUCAUGCAAUGUUCAUCGCCGACACGCUAGGUCCGUACGACGUCUACAAGGGGCCUGCGAAUGUCGUGCCAGCACUGGCGUCUGGUGCACAAUUCCCAGUAAAUGAUCCUCUGUAUUUGGUCCCGGCAAUGGCCUCGAUCACUAAAAAUCUGAUCUUCGGCGUGACCGCCAGUCUUACAUAUGAAAAGCCGUAUGCACUCGCACGAAGAUUUUCUACAGUCGACCACCUCAGCGAAGGCCGAGUGGCGUGGAACAUUGUCACUUCGUACCUUGACAGUGCCGCUAGGAACCAUGGUCUGAAAGAGCAGAUUCCCCACGACGAGCGCUAUGCAAUUGCGCAUGAGUACAUGGAAGUCGUGUACAAGCUCUGGGAAGGCAGCUUUCGUGACGACGCCGUUAUCGAGGACAGGGAAGCUCAUACCUAUAUAGCGAGCGACGCCGUGCGACAGAUUAACCACAAAGGGAAAUACUUUGAGGUUCCUGGGCCUCACUUUUGCGAACCGUCCCCGCAACGCACUCCUUUCCUGUUCCAGGCAGGCGUCUCUGAGGCAGGAAACGGGUUUGGCGGGAAGCACGGAGAAGCCAUCUUUAUCGGCGGUCAGACGCCUGAUGCAGUUCGCGCUACAGUUGACAAUAUCCGAGGCAUUGCAAAGAAGGAAGGCCGCGAUCCGAAAAAUAUCAAGAUCAUACUGGCCAUCUGUGUCAUCGUGGCUGCAACUGAUGAAGAAGCCAAGGCGAAACGCGAAGAGUACCUGAGCUACGCAGAUUUUGAAGGUGCUUAUGCAUUGUUUGGUGGAUGGACGGGGGUUGACCUGUCCAAGUAUUCCGACGAGGAGAACUUUCUAGUAACAGACUCGCCUCGCGUCCAAUCUCUGAUCCGCCGCUGGGCAGCCUCGGUGCCGGGGACAGAGAACCAGCCCUGGACCAAGCAGACCAUUGCCGAGUAUCUGAGCGUCGGCGGCCUGCAGGCAAAGUUGAUCGGAAGUCCAACCACCGUGGCUGACCAACUCGAGCAAUGGGUCGAAUCGACCGACGUGGACGGCUUCAACGUGAUUCAUAUAACAAACCCAGGCUGCUUCGAAGACAUUGCCGAGCUUCUCAUCCCCGAGCUGCAGCGGCGUGGACGGUUUAGAAGCCAUAUCGAACAGGAAGGGGCCACUGCGCGCGAGGUCUUCAUCGGAUCGAAGAGGCUGCCUGAAGACCAUCCAGGAAGCAAAUACAAGUGGCGUGCAGGGGAAGAGAGGCCAGCUUAUCAACAAGAGCUGUCAUCGUAG